CGCCCUACAGCUCUAUUAAGUAUUAAGACCACGAGUUCCCCACCCAGAUAGCAGCAAACCACUCGUCACAAUCACAAUGCUGCUGUUUAGCCUCCUACCCGCAAGUGCCGCAGGCUUCCUGGGUAUAGCCUCUCGCUCGACCCCGGACCUAGCCAUCACAGCGAACAUCACCACAACUACCCCAGGGCAAUUACCCCAGAAAAUAGACAUCCACCACCACUUCAUAACAGACAUCUACCGCCAAGCCGUCGAAGAUGCAGGCGGCGACCCAACCGGCCUCCCACUCCCCAACUGGACAAUCCCAGACUCCCUCAACGACAUGCAAGAUAACGGCGUCCGGAAAGCCAUCUUAUCAGUAACCACCCCAGGGGCAAUCAUAACCGGCAACAACGACACCGCCCGUCCACUCGCCCGCAAAAUCAACGAACACGCCGCCAGCAUCCGCGACCAAUACCCCGAGCAAUUCGGGUUCUUCGCCGCACUGCCCUCCCUCCUCGACACCGAGGGCACGCUGGCUGAAAUUGAAUACGCGCUUGACGUGCUCAAAGCCGACGGCGUUACUGUAUUUACUCGCUACGGCGACGGGGACUAUUACCUUGGACAUGCGGAAUUCACACCCAUAUGGAAAGAACUCGAUGCGAGGAAAACAGUCGUGCAUAUCCAUCCCACGAUGCCUGUGGAUACGAACUGGAUUGAUCCGAUAAUGCCGCCUCCGAUGCUGGAUUUCCCGGCCGAGACCACCCGGACAGCGGUCGAUAUGAUUGUGAGUAAUGUGACGAGGGAGUUUCCCAAUUGUCCGAAGGUUCUUUCCCAUGCGGGGGGGACGUUGCCGUAUCUUAUCUCCAGGCUGGCGGUGACGUCGAGGGAUACGAUGGGGGAGGUGGGGCCGUAUGGGAAGACGUAUUUUGAGUUUAUGGAGGCGUUGAGGUCGUUUUAUUUUGAUCUGGCGCUGUCGAGUGCACCCGCGGUGUUGAAUCUGUUGUUGGAUUUGGUGCCGCGCGAGCAUAUUAUGUAUGGGUCCGACUUUCCGAAUGCGCCCCCGAUUAAAGUGGCGGGGUACCGCGAGAAUCUGGAUGACUUUCAUAUGGAUGAGGAGCUGCGAGAUAUGAUCUAUUUUGGGAACGCGCAAAAGAUACUGACAAGACGAUAAUUGCCAAGUGUUUUCCUGGGAGUGGGGAGGACAGGGCACGGUGCCGGUAAUUGUUGGGAUGGUCCACCAGCUGUAAACCGAAAUUUAUUACAG